UGAACUUAAACACAACGUCGAGCGACCAACUCUGGCAUAUGACGGUUAAAUACAUACACUAGAAAAUACACAAACACACACAUACACCCACACGCAAAAGUGGUACAUAUUUGCUAGAUGCAAAAAUUCUGAAGGCAUCCAAAGAGUUUCUCCAACAGAAGAAGAAAAAAAAAAAAUAAAACAAAACGGUAUUUUUAGUGAAAAAUCUUACAGAAAAGUGGUGAAAUUUUGAAACUUAAAUGAUAAAGAGGAAAUAAAAGUGAUAUAUAAAGUUAAAAGAUUUUCAAAAUUCUGAGGUAUACACAAUACAAUUUUUCUUUAGUUUUUUGGAAUAAAAAGCGUAGUUCUUCGGUUAAAGCAUAAAUUAUAACAGAGUGUUUAGCGCUUGAAAAAAAAAAAAACGAAGCAGUGAAUGUAUUGCUUUAGCAACUUUUUCGCUUUUUUAUGGGGCAGCAGCAAAUGCAGUGGUGGUCCAGUGUGCUAGACAUACAUACAAUUAUUGUGUAAUAAUUUGAAACUUGGACAAAUACCACUACAGCAGCAACAACAACAUUCGACAGCCCUAAGGAUUUCAUCGUAAGCCACUCAAGUUUACUAACCUUAAUUGAGAAACAAAACCUAACUUCCGGAAAAGGAAUAUCAACCAAGGAAGGCAGCAAAAAAUAAAAACGUUGAUAUUUCUGAGAAGCCUGCAUGUGGCGUUGAGUGUGUGUGGCUAUAACCCACAUUUUCCGAUUUAAAGGACGAACACAAUGAACCAGAGGUCUACGAUGGGAGUGGUUGACAUCUGUGGCUGGUAAGAGAUAGCCCAUUAAGGCUAUCAACACUAGGACGACUGCGACACGAUAGCGACGAUUGGGACUACGAUGCCAUUGUCCAACAAUUACAAUAAACGCCAUGUUGAAUGGCAAAUAUGAGAAGAGACAUGACCUGCUUCGAUGAUUUUAUGGCCAGGGCAAUACGUUCUCUGCAACCACCACCACCACUACUACCAUCAAAAACACCUUGCUCCAAUCCAUGACUGUUGGUGUAUACUUAAAUAAUGAAGUAACAUUUCGAGUGACGUCUAUUCCAUGUGGCAGUGAUCACAUGCCGCCAGACCUUUCGCAAAAAAAUAAAAUCUAAGCAAAAGCAGGCCAUAGAAAAGUGAGAAGAAAAAAAACAUAGUCAUAGACACACACACUGAAAUACUCUUUUUUAGCACAACCAGAGGCAAAGUGGAAAACGAGAAAAACUGAGCAAAACUCAUCGAAAAGCAAAAAGUUAGGCCCAAGCACAAGUGGCCUAAGCACUCAAGAGUUGAAAUAUCCUCUAGAAAACAAACACAAAAACCGCCAGAACACCAAGUAACGCCAUAGCUCUUUGCUGCUUCCUUAAAAGGCCCAUGUCCUUUGGUGGAAAAGGAUCCGUUGAGGCAAAAAACUAUGUUUUCUGGGUCAAUACAUAUGGAUAUCCAUAACAUGCCACCUCCUGCGCAACUCCUAAGGAUUUCUUCCUCUGUCGAGAGAAAAAUUUAAGGAUAUUCAAGGAGUACUCAAAGGCCUAUACAAACUACACUUUACAACAAAAUAAACAAAACCAUAAGUUUUAAAAAUUUAUCAAAAAUUCACACAGCAAACACAUAUGGCCCUCAUAUGAAAUGGCGAAGUUAUGCGUUUGUGGCAAACACUAAACCCAGUUAAACAAUGAACAUUUUGCUCAAACCAUCAAAGAGGUGAGUACAAAAUUUUAGGGCCAUCAAGACAUAAAAAGCUAAACAAACAAGAAAAAAGUUUUAUCAACACAACUUUGAUGUUGUUGUUGUUGCUGGCCAAACAGCAGACCUUCCUUUCAGAAAGAGAAAAAAAACAACAGCCAAAUUGAAUGUUGGCCAAAAAUAAAUUUCAAAAUUGAACUAAAUGUCUGUUAACAAGAACAACAACAAGCACACUCUCUCUCUCUCUCUCUCACCCACGCAUACUACAUCAGUGAAGGACAUUUGUAGGCAAGCGAAACACUAAAUCACCGUUAGGGAAACGGAAAAGGAAAUAAAGUUGAAAGGCAGCCAUAGAACAUAGAGAGACCGCAAAAGCAAGAAGACCAUAGCAACAAACAAAAAAAAGGCGCUUUGGGUAUUGGUGGCCCUAGUCUAGUUGUUAUAUGACCAAAACCCCUUCACUUCACUCCUCUCAUAAUACUCUUACUUAAAAAAAAACAACAACAACAAGAAGAAACCUCAAUGAGCGAUGGCAAAAAUUUUAAAUAACCGAAACUAUCAUAAAAUAACAGCAGUAGAGCAAACACAUCAACGUCAUUCGAGGCAUUCAAGACAAGCGGAAACGGAAAAGGAAAAACUAAAUCAAGUGCAACAACACCAACAGCAGGAAAAACGGCAACGAAGACAAGAAAAUUUAUUCAGCUUGAAUUCACCCAACCUCAUCAUAUUCUAUAACCCAAAUCAGCCAGAGCAGUCGCAGGGCUUACAGCAACAUGUUGACCUCCAAGCAAAAGCGAGGCAACAUAACAGCCAGCAACAUUAUCGAAAUAAAACCAAGCAGCAUCUCGACCAAAAAGAACAGCUAACAGCACGGGAAAUAGGAAAAAACAAGAAAAACCAACAGCAACAUAGAAGCCAGCAACAACCCGCCUCAAAAUCAACAGCAUCUACAUAUUCACCAGCAUCUCUUUCAACAAUGCGAACACCCCCAACCCCAACCACAACAACAUCAACUUCAUCGCAUCUUCUCUACACCCCUACCAUUAACUGUAACACCAACUCCACAUCCUCGACCACCAACACCUCCUAUACUACUACCACCAAUAGUUGUUGUUUCCUAACCUACCAUCUGUUUGCUGCCUAUGCUGAGGCAGCCACUCUGCAAUUGAAGCGUAAAACGUCACUCAACAAACUUUUCUAUCCAAAUCCAACUUCCGCAAGACGACAUUAUGCGAUGGACAUGAAUAGCAUUUGCUAUCUAAUUCUAAUGGCCUUGGUCUAUUGGGGUGUUAUGAUUAAGGCAGCAGUGGCCCUAACACCCUCAGACAACGCAACACCCGCCUCACCAGCUAGUAUGGGUCCCAUGGAACCUUUAAGUGAAUUGAUAACAGCCAAUCUAAGCCUACCAAAUGAUGUUGUAGUUAGUGGCAGCAACAACAACACCAACAACAAAAGCAGCUUUCACGGGAAGUCAAAGGUUAACACCUCGUCCAGCACCAUUUCCUCCAUUUCUAUGGCUACGCCCAGCAGACUGCAGCCUCAACAACCGCUUCCACUUUCGCCUAUCUCUUCUUCUUCUUCGGAUAUUUUAACCAACUAUCAGCGACGCCUGCUGACGCGUCGCGAAGCCGCCAAUGUGCCUGAUUUCGAUGAUGAUGAUUCCAGCUAUCACGACGAUGAGUUUGAUGAAUACGAAACUUUAAUUCGUAAUAAAUCCGCCAAAGGUAAAUAUAUCGGUGCCCCAUGCAAUAACAUGACAUGCGAGCCCACUCUGUUGCAUGUCACCUGUGAUAAGGAGACACAAAUAUGCGGCUGUGAAAGAAAUUAUCCCGUGCAACUUGGUUUAACCAGGGGAUGCGAUAAACCAAAAAAACUGGGCGAAAUGUGUUUCUACGACGAGACAUGCCAGUACAAUGAUGAAAACUCCCUUUGUGUUCAGGUGCGUCACAAUGCAAUGUGCCAGUGUGCGAAUGGCUAUCAUUCGGUUAGUUAUAACAAACCACCACGCAGGGUCUUCUGUACCCAGGAUAUCGAUGAACUUAAUUCCGAUUUACCCACGCUACUAGGAGUCUGUGUAGGCAUUGGAGUGCUGGCUGGUUUAAUAUGCAUGGUAUUGCAUCUCUUCAGUAAAACGAAAUAUCCCAGGCAUCGGAAUUUCGGAGAUGCCAAUCUACCGCCGCCAAUAAUGUACUCAAGCGAAACAGGUUACAACAAUCACAAUCCCUAUGACACAGUGCAAUCCGGUCGUCCAUCAUCACGUUCGAGUAUGCGCUCCAGUGGCGGCUCUAUCGGUUCCUAUGGCAAUCGUCGUUCGUCCACGGGUGGUGUGACAUCAACAACAGCUGGUUCCAAGGGCAUUCUGGUAUCAACAUCACGCACAGGUGCGGCUAGAUCGGCCGCCAUAUUGCUUAUAUCGUGUCACUUGUCAACAUUAUCGAAACAAAGUCUGGCCUCACGGGCCACUUCACGCCAAACAUCCGGUGCUGGCUGCAGUGCCAAUUCGCGUGACAAUCUCGACGAGAACGGUUCCGAUCCGGGUAGUCGAAGUUGUGACAGCACACUGUCGAUGACGCGUCAUCUGCAGAAGCAAUUGAAUCACCAGCGUCAGUUGCUGAGCUUCGAACUAUCGCCGGCCAAAACGAAAAAUCAUGAUAGAGUUCGAGCCCUGUUGGGCCUUAAUGGCAUUGAGAAUAGUAGAGAAACAGAUGAAGACCAAGAAUUGAAUAGUUUAGAUAAUGGCCUAUUAGUAAUUGGUGCUCUGCCCACACCGGCCAGUGAGACGCCACGAUUUGCGAUACAAAACAUCCAAAAUUACAGACAGUACCUCUUUCUCUCUUACUCUUACUCUUACUCUCUCAUACUGAAACAAACUACCAAUACCAACCAACACACAACAACAAACAGAAUACCAAAAUUUUCUUUUCUCUUUAAUCGUUCACGAAGACCAAGUCUAGCGUCUGUCCAUAGUACCAGUUCGUCCGUUCGUAGCUAUAGCAUGAUGCGCUUCGAAAAGGAACAGCAACAGAAGGAGAUACGUCAUGAGAUGAAAUUACGUCUGGCCCGUCUGCAGCAACAUCAACAGCAACAACAGUUGGGCCAGUACAAACCACAGAUCAUAAUCGGCGAUACGGCAAUGACAAUGCAACAACAUGGUAUUGCCCUCAAUCGUAUAACAAUGGCAACGCCCAGUCCCAUGACACCAAAUUCAACGGAUGAACUGCUACCGGCUGUUGAUGAAAAUCCAGAGUAUCCACUAACAAUGGAACCUCAAACCAAACCAUGCCCCGAAUCGGUGGCCUCAGCAACCCUAAGUGCUAUAAAGAAUGCUGCUGUCUCAACGGGAACGAGUCCAAAGCAACAUAGUUCAACCACCCAUAGUAAGACAACGCCUGCUGUGGCAGUUGCUACAGCCUCGGGUGGUAUAGGUGUAGGUGGCUCUCCUAUGGCUGCUAGAAAUACAAAUGAUAUAGCUAAUGCUGCUUAUAUAGGUCCCUGCAGUUCGUCAACUGAAGCGCUUUAAGUUGAACGUAACUUAGUUCACUUCGAAACUAGCAUAUAAGUUCAUACAAACACAUACUACAUACUAAGUGUAAUUGCUAAGUGUAUCAUUGUAACCAUCGCUCUGUCAUAAUUUCAUAAAAUUCUAAAAAUGAGAAUAAAACAAAAACCCCAAAGGCUUAAAACAAGAACUAAUAUAAAUUCGAUACAACAAUCUUUCAAACUAGUCUAACUGAUGAUAAGAAAAGUAGUAUAAAAUAGAAAAAACUGAGUAUUCUUUAAGUAUUAAGGUAGAAUGAUGAAAUUAUGUGUAAGUUUGAGAUUGAGGGGAAGGAAACUAAUGUUUUUUUUUCUAAAUCACACUUCCUUUUUUUAAUAAAAAAAAGUUUUAUUUUUUAA